CCGCCGCGCCCUGCGCGUGCGCUCCCGCCCCGCGCCCUGAGGGCUCCGAGUGGAGCGCCCCCGACUUCGGCGCCGGCUGGAGCCGCUCGGCGCGCCCCGGAGCUGCCUGCGGUCUCCCCCUUGUCUGCCCGGAGGACUGGGGCUCCGGCCCGCGCCCAGUCCCUCCGUCGUCCGGAGCGUGCGGAGCUGGGAGCGGCUUGGCCAUGGCCGCCAGGAGGGACUCCGUGUGGAAGUACUGCUGGGGAGUUUUGAUGGUUUUAUGCAGAACUGCGAUUUCCAGGUCGAUAGUUUUAGAGCCCAUCUAUUGGAAUUCCUCGAACUCCAAAUUUCUACCUGGACAAGGACUGGUACUAUAUCCACAGAUAGGAGACAAAUUGGAUAUUAUUUGCCCCAAAGUGGACUCUAAAACUGUGGGCCAGUAUGAGUAUUAUAAAGUUUAUAUGGUUGAUAAAGACCAGGCGGACCGCUGCACUAUCAAGAAGGAAAACACGCCUCUUCUCAACUGUGCUAGACCAGACCAAGACGUAAAAUUCACUAUCAAGUUUCAAGAGUUCAGCCCUAACCUCUGGGGCCUAGAAUUUCAGAAGAACAGAGAUUAUUACAUUAUAUCUACAUCAAAUGGGUCUUUGGAGGGCCUGGAUAACCAGGAGGGAGGGGUGUGCCAGACAAGAGCCAUGAAGAUCCUCAUGAAAGUUGGACAAGAUGCAAAUUCCGCUGGGUCCACCAGGCAUAAUGAUCCAACACGACGCCCAGAACUAGAAGCCGGUACAAAUGGAAGAAGUUCAACGACAAGUCCCUUUGUCAAACCAAAUCCAGGUUCUAGCACAGACGGCAGCAGCGCCGGACAUUCCGGGAACAAUAUCCUCGGUUCCGAAGUGGCCUUAUUCGCGGGGAUUGCUUCAGGAUGCAUCAUCUUCAUCGUCAUCAUCAUCACGCUGGUGGUCCUCCUGCUCAAGUACCGGCGGAGACACCGGAAACACUCGCCGCAGCACACGGCCACGCUGUCGCUCAGCACGCUGGCCACCCCGAAGCGCGGCGGUGGCAACAACGGCUCGGAGCCCAGUGACAUUAUCAUCCCGCUGCGGACUGCGGACAGUGUGUUCUGCCCCCACUACGAGAAGGUCAGCGGGGACUACGGGCACCCCGUGUACAUAGUCCAGGAGAUGCCCCCCCAGAGCCCUGCGAACAUUUACUACAAGGUCUGAGACUCGGCGGUGCCUUGGCUUUCCCGGAGGAAACGUCCUGGCCCGCGGCCGCCCGGGGAGGGUUUGAUGACCCCCUGCGCGUCGCCUGGACUGGAGCGCAGCGGGGGAGAGGGAACG